AUGUCCGACUUGCUCGUUCCAGAGACACGAGUGCUGGCCGUGGCUAGCCAUGUCGCCUACGGCCAUGUGGGAAACACAAUGGCGACGUUCGUCAUGCAGUCAUUAGGCUGUGAAGUUGCUGCAUUGAAUACAGUGAAUUUCAGCAAUCAUACCGGCUAUCGUCAGUUCAAAGGUACUCGCGCAACUGCGCAGGAGAUCACAGAUCUCUACCAAGGCCUAUGCCAGAGUAACCUGGUCGAUUUUGAUGUCAUGCUCUCCGGAUAUGCCCCGAGUGCAGCCGUUGUCGAAGCUGUGGGUGCCAUUGGUCUUGAUCUGCAACAAAGGGCUGAAAAGAAGCCUGGCUCAUUCUUUUGGGUACUGGACCCCGUAAUGGGCGAUCAGGGCCGGUUAUACGUCAACGACGAUGUCGUCCCCGCUUACAAGAAAAUCAUUCACCACGCCGACCUUAUUCUCCCCAACCAGUUUGAAGCUGAAGUCCUCUCCGGCAUCAAAAUCACCUCCCUCGCCACCCUGGCCGAGGCUAUCACUGUCAUUCACCGCAUUUAUUCCGUUCCACACGUCAUCAUCACCUCUGUGCAACUCUUUAAGCUGUCCCAGUCCGGUUCUACCCCCAGCCCACCAAAGAAUUUUCUGACGGUGAUCGGCUCCACCACAAAGUCCGACGGAUCUCCGCGCCUUUUCCGGAUCGACGUCCCAGCCCUGGACUGUUUCUUUAGUGGCACAGGUGACAUGUUUGCAGCACUAACGGUGGCGCGACUGCGCGAGGCUGUCGACGCUGCAGGUGAUGAUCUGCGCAACACUCGCUCCUGGGUGUCGCCUGACAGUGUUGCAUCCAGUAAUCUCCCAUUGGCCCGGGCUGCCGUUAAGGUUCUUUCUAGUAUGCAUAGCGUUCUCGAGCGGACAAUGGAGGCUCGUGAUGCGGAGCUCGCGAAGGAAGUCCCGUCUCAGAACGGAGACGUGGGUUCGGAGGAGCAGCAAAAGCGGGAACACCUACGGCGGACCAAGGCCGCUGAAGUGCGGCUGGUGCGCAAUGCGCGAUUCCUGCGGGAUCCGCUCGUUCAGUUUGGGGUACAGGAAUGGCGCAAGGAGGAUCUGCCCGCGCAGUUGCAAUAG